AUGUCUGGGUACUACGGUCCCUCCUUCAACCACAAGUCAUCGCGACCUCCAUCUCUUGCAGCGUCAAGAGCAAAUUCCUCAUACAGAGUUGCUCGCAGUGCACCCGUCACACCUCGCAAUGGUUCGAUCACCACCCCUCGCAAUGGUUCCAUUGCCGCCACAAUCGCCGGUACGACUGCACAACAAACAGCUGCCAACACAGCUGCCAAUACUGGUGCAACGACACCCGCAUUGCUCUCGAGAGUGAACAGCAAACUAGAGAAUGAAGCCAACGGCAAAGAAGAGGCUCCUUCCAUGAACUCCGAAGUAUUGCGCAACGAGAAGGGCGAGCUCAUUGUUGGAAGAAUCGCAGGCGGCAAGCAUCUUACCGAUGACAUCGAGGACAUCGAUCCCGGUUGUGGCGAGAUCAAGAAGGUCGACUGCGACAUGCCUCUUACAUUGACCGAGAUGGUCCACCAUGAGGGCAAGGACUACAUCGUACUCAGCUUCGCGACUGGUGACAAGGAGAACCCGUUCAACUGGAACCCCUGGUACAAGCGCAGUAUCACCACGAUGCUGAACUUGAUGACACUGUUCAUCGGUCUCGCAACAACGGCAUACAGUUCGGGCAUCAACAGGAUGUGCGAGGAGUUCGGUGUCGACACAAUCUACGGUCAGCUUGGACUGUUCACCUUCAACAUCUCUUGUGCCAUCGCACCCAUGGUACUGGCUCCUUUCUGUGAGCUUGUCGGACGCAAGAUCGUAUACGCCAGUGCCUUCCUCUGCUUCUCGCUCAUCUUCAUCGGUCUCGCACUCGCACAGAACAUCUCCACCAUCAUCGGCCUCCGUCUGUUACUCGGUCUCUUCGGCUGCGUCGGUACCAUUCUCGUCGGCGGUACUUUCGACGACAUGUACGAACCCCACAAGCGUGGCCGACCGAUGGCCAUGUUCGCUUUCGUCGCCAUCUUCGGUACUGUCGCUGCACCCAUCUACGCCGGCUUCAUCGAUCAAGCGCUCGGAUGGCGAUGGGUUGAGGGUAUUCAGGGCCUCGCCAAUAUUCCCCUCUUGAUCCUCAUCUUCGUCGCCUUCCCCGAGACACGCGGUGGUGCCAGACUACACAAGCGAGCCAAGCAACUGCAAAAGGCAACUGGAGAUGAGCGAUACGUCGCGGAAGACGAUAUCUACACCCCCGAUGUCAAGUCCAUGCUGAAGGCUUCGUCCGUCAAGGCUAUCCGCAUGCUUGUCACAGAACCUGUCGUUUUCGCCUUCGGUCUGUGGAUUGCCUUCUGCUGGGCCGUCGUCUUCCUGUUCCUUUCCGUCAUUCCCAUUACCUUCACCGAGAAGCGUGGCUGGUCUGAAGGUGUCAGCGGUCUGCCUUACAUCUCUCUAGCCGUUGGUACUUUCCUCGGCUGGGCUGCCCACCACCUCCAGAUGCGCAAGUACAACCAACUCCAAGAAGACCCCAAUGUUCGCAUCGUUCCUGAGCACCGUCUCUAUGGCGCCAUGUUCGGCGCUGUCUGGCUGCCCAUCGGUCUCUUCAUCUACUCCUUCACGCAAUACGGAUACCUGAGCUGGGUUGGCCCCGUCAUCGGUCUGGCGCCUAUCGCAUUCGGUAUCUUCUUCGUCUUCGAGAGCACAUAUUCCUACACUGCCGAUUGUUACGGUGAGACGUCUUCCUCGGCUAUCGCUGGUCAGGGAUUAAUGAGGAACACGCUCGGUGCUGUUACCCCACUUUUCGCGAGCGCUUUCUUCCACAACGUAGGAAGUCAGUAUGCGGGUUUGAUCCUUGCGAUGUUCGGAACUGUGCUGAGUUUGAUCCCGUUCGUUAUGUUCAAGUAUGGACAUCUGCUCCGCGCGAGGAGUAAGUUGGCGAAGGAGUACUAG